CUCCUGCACCGCCCACAACACACAGUCACAGAGCAGAGAGGAAGCUGCAGCUGCGCCCCGAUCUCCUGAGCUGAUCUCCCCAGAGGUGAGGAUGGGCUCCAUGUUCCGUGGGGAACAGAUGUGCCUGGCGCAGCUAUUCCUGCAGUCUGGCUCCGAGUAUCAGUGUGUCAGUGAGCUGGGCGAGCUCGGCCUGGUAGAGUUCAGAGAUCUGAAUCAGAAUGUUAACGCCUUCCAGCGUCGCUAUGUGUCUGAGAUCAGGCGAUGUGACGAUAUGGAGACAAACUUCGGGUUUCUGGAGCAGGAGCUGCGCAAAGCUGGGGUGUCUGUGCCGGUUUCCGUGCUGUCGCCACCUGCUCCCCUACCCAGAGACGCACUGAGGAUUGAGGAGGAAUCGGAGCAGCUGGCACUGGAGCUGAGGGAGGUGUCUGGCAACAGGCAGACUCUGAGGGAGCGCCUGCGGGAGCUGCGGGAAUACGCCAAUAUCCUGCGUGAAAGUCAGAGGUUCACAGGGCCGCUGCCGGAGACUGAGGCGUGGAGGGAGAGGACGGAGACCGACCCUUUAAUUGACCCUGCCGUAGCCUCUAGACAAGACCUCCGAGUCAGUUUUAUGGCGGGAGUCAUUCAUCCCUGGCGCAUUAACUCAUUUGAACGCUUGUUAUGGCGCGCCUGCCGCGGUUACCUAAUUGUCAACUUCGUGGAGAUGUCUGAGCCCAUGGAGGACCUGGUGACGGGUGAGAGUGUUACCCAGAUCAUAUUCCUCAUCUCAUACUGGGGGGAACGAAUUGGAGAGAAGAUUAAAAAGAUUGCAAACUGUUUCCACUGUCACCUUUACCCAUAUGCUGAAGAUGAGUCUGCGAGGCUCGACACUUUGAGAGAUCUCCUGGUGCGGAUCCAAGACAUGCAGAAGGUGCUGUCACAAACAGAGGGCUUCCUGGCUCAAGUGCUCAAUCGAGCUGCUGCUGCUUUACACCCUUGGAGAGUCUCUGUCAGGAAAAUGAAGCACAUUUAUCAAAUUCUCAACUUGUGCAGUGUUCGGGAACGGUGCCUGAUCGGAGAAGUGUGGUGCCCAGUGGCUGACCUGCCUAUACUCCAGGGGGCGCUAGCUCGAGCUUCGGUGAACAGUGGAGGUGGUGGCGAGUCAUUCUGUCAGCAGAUUCCCUGCUCAGUCAGCCCCCCCACCUUAAUACGUAAUAAUAAGUUCACCUCUGGAUUUCAAGGAAUUGUGGAUUCCUAUGGCGUAGCCAGUUACCAGGAGGUGAAUCCAGCUCUCUUCACAAUCAUAACAUUCCCAUUCCUCUUUGCUGUGAUGUUUGGGGACGUAGGACAUGGUCUCCUCAUGUUUUUGUUUGCCCUUUGGCUGGUCCUUGGGGAGGAAAACCCAAAGCUUAAAAAUGCAGAAAAUGAGAUCUUCUCCAUGUGCUUUGGAGGGCGUUAUCUUAUCCUCCUGAUGGGCCUUUUCUCUAUAUACACAGGCUUUGUGUAUAAUGAGUGCUUCAGCCGAGCAACCACCAUUUUCCCUUCAGGCUGGAGUGUUGCUGCCAUGGCGAAAGACAAGGAUUGGACAUUCGAGUCCUUGCCCAAAUCUAUUUUAUAUCCACCGCUAGACCCCAACAUAACCAAUGUAUUUACUGGUGCAUAUCCGUUCGGCAUUGAUCCGAUCUGGAGCCUAGCAACAAACCGCCUCACAUUCCUAAAUUCCUUUAAGAUGAAAAUGUCGAUCAUUUUGGGGGUGGUCCACAUGACCACUGGAGUUUUUCUUAGUAUCUUUAACUUCAUUCACUUCAAACAGAAAUACCGCAUUCUGGUGGUGUCCAUCCCGGAGCUCCUGUUCCUCCUCUGCCUCUUUGGGUACCUGGUAUUCAUGGUUUUCUACAAGUGGUUUGCGUUCGAUGUAAGAGAUGCUCGGACGGCCCCAAGCCUUCUCAUUCAUUUUAUAGACAUGUUCCUGUUCACCAAGAAUGAGAGCAACAGAGAACUCUACCAAGGACAGCAAGUCGUCCAGAUGGCUCUGGUGGUUGUAGCUGUGGUUUGUGUCCCAGUUCUGCUGCUGGGAGACCCCAUCUGUCUCUACCUUCAGCAUCGCAGGAAGAAAGGAAGCCAGCAGCCUAACGGGCAGGAUUUAGUGAAUGAAGAGGACAGGAGUAGCCUACUGGUGGAAGAGGAUCUGGGUUCCAUACAAGACUCGGGACAGAAGGAGACAGGGCAACAUGGCAGCAAAGAGUUUGAUGUAAGCGAGGUUUUCAUGCACCAGAUGAUUCAUACCAUUGAGUACUGCCUGGGCUGCAUCUCCAACACUGCAUCCUAUCUACGGCUGUGGGCGCUAAGUCUGGCUCAUGCACAAUUGUCAGAAGUUCUGUGGCAAAUGGUGAUGCGCUGGGGAUUCUCCAGUGUGGGGUACACAUGGAGUAUCGUUCUUGUGCCCAUCUUUGCCGCCUUUGCUGUGCUGUCGGUGGCUAUACUGCUGAUCAUGGAAGGACUCUCUGCAUUUCUACAUGCCCUCCGUCUACACUGGGUGGAGUUUCAAAAUAAAUUCUAUUCCGGCACUGGAUACAAGUUUACACCGUUUUGCUUUGACGAUAUUUACUGAUGGAGAGCGGUUUGGUUUUUUUCUUCCAAAACUUCAACUCAGCAGGGUUGGUGGUCCAGGGAGAAGGAUCCAGAUCUAUUGGUGCCUCAGCAUUCCCAAUAUUUGUUCUACUGCAGCCAAAAAAAAAAGGAUAUAUAUUUCUAUGACUGGUGUUAUGCAGAUAUUUGGGGUGGAGGGGCGGGUGUAACACAAGUUCCCUCCAUCAUUUUUUUUAAACGUUUAGCUACUGUGAUUAUGGGCAUUUCUGUGUUGGGGUAAAGUGUACUUAGUUGCACAAAAUAAAUUCAUUUUAAGCAUU